UUCAUUGCAACAGUUUUUGUUAUGGUCCUCGAUUUUUACGCGGAAAGCGUAUGUUUCCAGCACGUAGCUGAUCCCGUAAUGGCAGCGGCUCGAUGGUCUCCUGUGACGAUGUUCAGUUGUGCUCUUGGUUUGGCUUGGGUGUGGUACGCCGGUCAGGGAUUGGAAGACCAUCAUGUGACCUCCGGCGUUAUUAUUACUGUAAUAGCGUUCGUUUUAGCUUCGGUAUCGUUAACAUCCGCUGGUGGUCCAAAGCAUAGAGGCGGUGAGCUGAUUGGAAUGUCUGAUAGCGGAAUGCCCCUUUUCGCAUAUAAAGAGGCAUUUCUUCAAAAGACUGGUCGAUCACUAAUUUUGUUUUUUAAGGACACACUUCGCGAAAUCUUGGCUAAUUCUGAUUCCCGUCGAAUAUUUUGGUUCCUUUGUGUCAACCUAUCAUUCUGCGGUGUCGAAUUUCUGUACGGAUUCUGGACAAACAGUCUUGGACUGAUUUCUGAUGGAUUCCACAUGUUAUUUGACUGCUCAGCACUAGUGAUGGGUCUUGUCGCCGCAGUUAUGUCCCGCUGGCCUGCUACUCGACACUUUAGUUAUGGCUACGGACGAGUUGAGUUUGUUGCGAUCUCGGGUCUGCUAGUCAAUUUAUUCGGAAUGUACUCCUUCCACGGUGGCGAAGGAGAUCAUGGACAUGGCCACUCUCAUGGUGGUGCUUCUCAUGGGCAUUCCCAUUCAGGAAACGCGAAUAUGGAAGGAGUAUUUCUUCAUGUUUUGGCUGAUACCCUUGGCUCAGUAUUCGUGAUCAUUUCAACACUACUUAUCCAGUGGUUUGGAUGGACAUGGGUGGAUCCACUCUGCUCCUUGAUCUUGUCAAUUCUAAUUCUCGGAUCAGUAUAUCCUCUUCUUACGAGUAGUAUCAAUACACUUUUACAGGUGAUUUUUUAUUUAAUUAGCUUUAAGGCAACUCAGAGUUUUCAAGAACUCGUGUGCAUCAUUUCUUCUAGGAUAUUCCGGACGACGAGGAAUUCGAGCAUCAUCUUUGCGAAGCUUUAG